CCCUCUUUCGCGGGCUUCCUGAACCAGACCAUGACCCUGACCCUCAAGUUCAGCGCUAGGGUGUUUCAUCGCGUUCGCUGGGCCCCCAAGCUGGGCGCCUCACCGGGCUCCAGAGGCGCCUGUUCAGCCCCCCGGAGCUUGGCGGACAUCCCAGGCCCCUCCACGCCCGGCUUUCUGGCCGAACUCUUCUGCAAGGGGGGGCUGUCUCGGCUACACGAGCUGCAGGUGCAGGGCGCCGCGCGCUUCGGUCCCGUGUGGUUGGCCAGUUUCGGGAUGGUGCGCACGGUGUACGUGGCCGCUCCUGCGCUUAUCGAGCAGCUGCUGCGACAGGAGGGGCCCCGGCCAGAGCGCUGCAGCUUCUCGCCCUGGACCGAGCACCGGCGCCGUCGGCAGCGGGCUUGCGGACUGCUCACCGCGGAAGGCGAAGAAUGGCAGAGGCUCCGCAGCCUCCUGGCCCCGCUUCUCCUUCGGCCUCAAGCGGCCGCCAGCUACGCCGGGACCCUGGACAACGUGGUCCGUGACCUUGUGCGACGACUGCGGCGCCAGCGGGGACAAGGCUCUGGGCCGCCCGCCCUGGUUCGGGACGUGGCGGGAGAGUUUUACAAGUUCGGACUAGAAGGCAUAGCCGCGGUGCUGCUGGGUUCGCGCCUGGGCUGUCUCGAGGCCGAAGUGCCGCCGGACACAGAGACAUUCAUCCGCGCGGUGGGCUCUGUGUUCGUGUCCACGCUGCUAGCUAUGGCGAUGCCGAACUGGCUGCACCGCCUAGUACCUGGACCUUGGGGUCGCCUCUGCCGUGACUGGGACCAGAUGUUUGCAUUUGCUCAGCAGCACGUGGAACGGCGAGAGGCCGAGGUGGCCAUGAGGACCCAGGGAAAGCCUGAGGGAGACACAGGACCUGGGGCACAUCUGACCUACUUCCUGUUACGAGAAAAACUGCCUGCCCCGUCCAUCCUGGGGAAUGUGACAGAACUGCUACUGGCCGGAGUGGACACUGUGUCCAACACUCUCUCGUGGGCUCUGUAUGAGCUGUCUCGGCACCGGGAAGUCCAAAGGGCACUCCACUCCGAGAUCACGGCUGCCCUGGGCCCCAGCUCCUGUGCCCAGCCCCCAGCCACUACUCUGUCCCAGCUGCCCCUGCUGAAGUCUGUGGUCAAGGAGGUGCUGAGGCUAUACCCUGUGGUACCUGGAAAUUCCCGUGUCCCAGACAAAGACAUUCAUGUAGGUGACUACAUUAUCCCAAAAAAUACACUGGUCACUCUGUGCCACUAUGCCACUUCUCGUGACCCUGCCCAGUUCCCAGAGCCAAAUUCUUUUCGUCCAGCUCGCUGGCUGGGGGAGGGUCCAGCCCCCCACCCAUUUGCAUCUCUCCCCUUUGGCUUUGGCAAGCGCAGCUGCAUGGGGAGACGCCUGGCAGAGCUCGAGCUGCAAAUGGCUUUAGCUCAGAUCUUGACCCACUUUGAGGUGCAGCCUGAGCCAGGUGCUGCCCCAAUCAGACCCAUGACCCGGACCGUCCUGGUACCCGAGAGGAGCAUCAACCUACAGUUUGUGGACAGAUAGCACUGUGGACGCAGGCUGUCAUCAUCACCCCUGAUCACAUGACUUAUUAGGCACAAGACCAAGAGAUGUGUCUUCCUCCUGAGGCCUGUCUAUCUGACCAAACUGGUUAGAAUGACCAUAGCUAAGUGCUUGAGGCUGCCCUGACCUAGGUGGGAAGUAUGCACUUGGCC